ACAAGAAGAAAACAUAAAGUUCUAAAUCCUAAGUCCAAAAACGUAGCAGCAACUUCAAGGAACUUACGGGAGGUAUCGUAGAGAGGGUUUGAUGUUGGAAUAUUGAAGCUAAUGAGUUGAUCGUCAGAAUCUUUGUUCAUGAACAUAUUUGAAAUCCUGGCAGCACAUAUCUAUCCACUUCUAAUCUAUGUUAGGCAUGUUUAACUUCAUUAUUUUAACAUGGUUUCUUCACAAAAGUUAUAGCCUUACAUCUUAGGAAUCCACAGAAUCAAAUGGUUUGCAAUUCAGUGAAGAAACGAUGGAGAUAUGACCAAAAUACGGCAGACUGUCCAAUUGUGAAGGGAAUGACGAAGUUGGUGAAUUUCAACGUUGUUUUCACUCCCGUUCUUUUGCAAGGCCUUGCUGAUCCCGUCACAGAGUUUUAUAGCAUCUUUUGUGUCAUCUUCGAGAAUUGCAGCAAUUCUAGGAAUCUAAAUGAAAUAAACUCUUCCUAACAAAUAAAGUUCAACCCAAGUGUCUUAUUGCCAAAUCCAGUUGUCCAUACCCAUCCCAAAUUCUAUCAUGGUAUCGGAGCCAGUUUUAGUCCACCUCGUUUGUCAAGGUGUCCGUCUAGACGUUCAUUCCUAGCGGCCCGUUAGUCUUUAGCCCAGUUGUCCGUAUGGAUGUUGUACCCAACGGCCUGUGGCCUGUUUAACACGAUUGCUCGUCUGGAAGUCCAUACCCAGCGGCUCGUGGUCCUUUAGGUGUUGGCGCUCAAAAAAAAAGUCAAGGGAAUGGG